AUGGAGAAACCAUUAACGGUUAAUCUUGGCAAUAUUCCGGUGUUUGAAAACCAGGAGGGUCUUGAUGCGUUGGCGACGAUCAGCAACAAUAACCUUGGGGCUAGAGACAACACUCCGGACUUGCUAGAAACCUGCAACACAAAGCCAGUGGUUAUACCACGUAAAAAACGCCUCUCUAGGGAGUCUCCACCGGCAAAGCUCACCAAAAAGCAGAAGUUGGAUGGUAGCCCAACAGACACAUUCGAAGCAGAAAUGAAUGUAUCGGUCCCGGCGUGGAUGACCGAGAAACUAAAAACUAUGCCUGAUUUCCGGAGCCCCAUGGGCUCCAAGAGAUCCGGUCUUAAGUACUGUCGAAAGAACCUCAAACCUUUAUUCGCCAACACCCGUGACCCGGAGGACUCCUCUAAUAGCUCUGUACAAAGCGCGUCAACUGGCGAAUCAGAGAAGGAAGAGCGCUUGAGGCCCUCCAAAGCCAGUUUGGAUGCCAGUGCUUCAAAAAGCGGGUCUUCAAGGGCGACAACAUCAAUUGUGGUGAUUGAUGAUGAUGAUAACCCGUUUCCUUCAAUAACCGAAGACUCUGAACACGACCUGAGGAUGAAAGGGGGCAUGGGGGCGUUGUCAUUGAUGAGUCCAUCGGCUCCUGCCUCCAUAGAGGGUAGUCUAGAAAAGCCAGAAGUUGGCAAUCCCGUAGAGGUUGAAAAACAUAAUUCACUAUCCGUCCAGGCUCUGGAGGAAGAGCCAGACAAAUCCAUGAAAUCUGGAAAAGCGGAUUCGGGAAUACUCCAGGAAGUGGAAAGCAAGUUGCAUGAAUCUGAACCGAAAGAUGCGGGCGCUUUAUCAAACGGUAAAAAUCUUGAGGAAGAGGUAAACGUACCUGUAGAGAUUGAACUGCACCAGCCAGGGACGACGCAAGGUGUCGAAAACGCACCGCAUAGUUGUAAACCGCUGAACAGAAACGAACCUGUAUUGGUGAUUAAUGGUGCGGCGGACGGCAUAUUCUCUGCUAAGGGUAAUGAUCCACAGAAGGUUCCUGUAGUUACUGGUCUCAACGAACAAGGCAUUGAGCAUCAGGAAGAAGAACAAUGCGUUGCUGGUAACCCAGAAGGUUCCUCUUCUGAGGAGCCGGGCCUUCAAUCUAUCAUUACAUCAGAUGGUGUUAUUGAUGGCGAGGUUGAUGUCGAGCAUGUUCCUCAUCUUGGUAACACGAAUGAUUCACCACUGGAAAAAGCAGGUGUUUCUGAGGAGAAGGCCUUGAAGGAUAUGGCACAAAAGAAUUUGGUGGAGGUUACGAGGGAAGAAUCAGCCCAAGCCACUCUCAAAGUCCAACAAAACAAGGAUGUCCAACAAAGCCCGGACGAAUCAUUGGACCCCGACGCAGAUAUUUACCUUCCUGAUAUCGCGUUUCCGCGGUAUGAACUUCCAAUAGCACCAAUCCAUCCCAAUGGAGUUGCGCUGAGUCCGGACCCCACUCCGUGGAAUAGAACACCUAGAGAUGAAAGUUCAGUGUCUUCAGACGGGUCUAUGGAUAGCGACAACACAAGACGAAACCUAUGGAUCAAGGAGCAGACUGGGAGCCCCGGUUUAUCCACUGUCGACAGGUCUCGCUGGAGAGAUUUGGAUGCUGGGCCAAGCCGUUUCUCAGGGCCUCGUAUUGUUACACCGCUUCGCGCCACCCCUCUUGAACCUGGAAUGGGCCUGGUAGAUACAAGACGUUACUCUCAACACGAAGGGUUGUGGAACAUGGUCACUAAUGAUUACCUGGCGAAGUUCAAGCGCGUUUCUAAAGAGAAAGAGGAAGAAAAGUUGUGA